AGAAGUAGGGGAGCUGGGAGAGCAGCCUCGAGACCCAUCAAGGGGUGGGGGGCAUGCCUGAGGAAACUCCAUUUAUGCUGGAGCGUCAGACCUGGGGACCUGUGAGCCGUGCAUCUGGUUAACCAUGGAGAAGGUCGGCUCAGGCCACCAGCCCCUUAGGUGAGCACUUUGCCUAGUGCUCCGCUGACCAUCCUGAAUCAUGGAGGUGAAGAGGACUCCUCUAACCAGGAGACGUCCCUGUUGAAAGUCGUGGCCCAGCGCAACCGGCUCCCCUGUGGCCUGUCUUCAGGAGGGGUGCCUACCCCCACUGACGCCGUGCUGGGGAAUCGCCGCUGCCACGGAUGGGGAGGUGGGCCCUCGACGUGGCCUUUGUGUGGAAGGCGGUGCUGAGUCUGGGGCUGGUCCUUCUUUAUUACUGCUUCUCCAUCGGCAUCACCUUCUACAACAAAUGGCUGACAAAGAGCUUCCACUUCCCCCUCUUCAUGACGAUGCUGCACCUGGCUGUGAUCUUCCUGUUCUCGGCCCUGUCCAGGGCGCUGGUUCAGUGCUCCAGCCACAGGGCCCGCGUGGUGCUGAGCUGGACCGACUACCUCAGAAGAGUAGCUCCGACAGCACUGGCAACGGCACUUGACGUGGGCUUGUCCAACUGGAGCUUCCUUUACAUCACCGUCUCACUGUACACAAUGACCAAAUCCUCAGCCGUGCUCUUCAUCUUGAUCUUCUCUCUGAUCUUCAAGCUGGAGGAGCUGCGUGCGGCUCUGGUCCUGGUGGUCCUCCUUAUCGCCGGGGGCCUCUUCAUGUUCACCUACAAGUCCACGCAGUUCAACAUGGAGGGCUUUGCCUUGGUGCUGGGGGCCUCGUUCAUUGGUGGCAUUCGCUGGACCCUUACCCAGAUGCUUCUGCAGAAGGCGGAACUUGGACUCCAGAACCCCAUUGACACCAUGUUCCACCUGCAGCCACUCAUGUUUCUCGGGCUCUUCCCUCUCUUUGCCAUAUUUGAAGGUCUCCAUUUGUCCACAUCUGAGAAAAUCUUCCGUUUCCAGGACACAGGGCCGCUCCUGUGGGUACUUGGGAGCCUCUUCCUUGGUGGGAUUCUUGCCUUUGGUUUGGGCUUCUCCGAGUUCCUCCUGGUCUCCAGAACCUCCAGCCUCACUCUCUCCAUUGCCGGCAUUUUUAAGGAAGUCUGCACUUUACUGUUGGCAGCUCAUCUGUUGGGUGAUCAGAUCAGCCUCCUGAACUGGCUGGGCUUUGCCCUCUGCCUCUCAGGCAUAUCCCUGCAUGUCGCCCUCAAAGCCCUUCACUCCAAAGGUGAUGGCCCUAAACCUAUGAAGGGGCUGGGCUCCACCCCUGACCUGGAGUUGCUACUCCGGAGCAGCCAGCCGGAGGAGGAUGACAAUGGGGAGGAAGAGAAGGAAUACUUCGUGGCCCAGGGAUAGCAGCUUGGAAGCAGGCCACUCCCCAACUUUAUACUGGAUAGCAGUUUGGGGACCCAGGUGGCUCCUCACAGCAGCUGGGAGCAAUGAGCCAGGAGUAUCCAGGCCGGACCUCGGAUAGCACAUGACCUCGUGGUGGGACUGGGUCAGGGAGUUGGUCAAACAGAGGGCUGAGCACCCGGCCAGCUGUGGACCUGGCGAGAGCAGGGCCCAAGCUGUGCUGGAGUCACAGCGAGAGAAGGGAAGGCUGUUCUCGCCUGCGCGCCAGGCUCUGGCUGCCGAGACUGUGAUUUCAGAGGCAUAACAGGCUUCUAAGGAGACUGGGUUUGGGCUAUGGAGCAGUUGGGAAAGGGAGAUGGAAAGGCCGGGGCCUCAUCACCUGCACAGCAUCUUUUCUCAGAGAGCAGAUCUAUUUAUAGUUUGGAAAUAAAGGGUUUACAGUCCACUGACCACCUCAUGUUGCCUGGAGCUGCAGGGGUGGAGAGGGGCAGUACAGGCCUGGCAUCUUUCCCUCUUUGCCUGCCUGGGGCCUUCCUCAGGUGACUGGUCAUACUCCAGGCGUCCACAUCACUAUGCUCCUAUUUGAGCCAUGGGACCCUCCCUUGGGGCCCCACCACACCUGCAGGCAGGAAAGAAAUUAAUGUGUACCGAGUACCAUAUUCCAGGAACUUUAAUGUUUUCACAUCCUUGAUUUGAAGCCUGACUGCCCCUCACUAGCUAUGUGACCUUAAAUCACUUAACCUUUCUGUGCCACAGUCUUUUCAUAUAUGAAAUGGGGGUUAUAAUUAUCUCAGAAUCAUUCUGAACAUUGAGUCAAUAUGGGUAACGGAGUAAAUGUUACAUAAGUGUUUAUUUUGAAAA